AAUGAAUGAAUGAGUAAUUGGUUAAGGUUAGGGGAAAUUUAUGAAAAAGGAAAUGUGGAAACACUGGGUCCCUUUAUGUGUGUCACUCCCCCUCUCUCUCGGCCUGUUUCCUGUCACCCUCUUCAGCUGUACUAUCAAUAAAGCAAUAAAGGCCAAAAAAAAAAUACUUAAACAGAUAUGGGAACACAGGCACGCUCCCGCUCCACUUGUUGCUAAAGUAACCACUAAAAGCAUCCAACUGGAGUGGGCUGCAAGUGAACACGGCCCAUGUUGGGGCCAAAAACAAACUCUGAGACUGACUGUGACCAAUUUGACGACAGUAAAUUCACACUCAGCACUAACGCCACUGGCUACUAUAAACGCUAGUCUGUGUCCCUGACAAGUCUGUCCUGACCUGACCGUUUUUACAGGAAAGACAUGAAUAUGCCAAAUCUAAUAACACUCUCCUUCUGUUACGUGGGGACUUUAAAUGAGCAAAGGGACUGAAAAUUCCUUGAUCCGUUUUAUCCGGAUUCCCACCAAAUGUUAUGGGGGUAUAUCCUGAGCUGAGACCCAUCCUCCAUGCAAGUGUCCCUGCCUGCUGCCUACUGUAUCUAGCUCUUGAAUUAGUCCCAUUUAUGUCACUAGACUUUCUGUCUGAACCACAUUAUUAUCAGCGUAGAGUGAUAGGAAACGAUCAGACAGAUGGACUCAUGCUGACGUUGCCACCAGAAGUCAUGUCACCGUGUGUGUGAGUGUGUGUGUGUGUGUGGGGAGGGGUGAUCUCACAGAAUUUCCUGUUUCUCGCACCACUUCUCUGAAGACUCCAAAUAGCUGACAAUUCGAGCAACAAACACGCAAAAACAAACACACACGCACGCACACACACAGACAGACAGGCUUCCUUUAACGUUUUUUCACUCAGCUUUAAAGGAAAUCCACAGAUGGCUUGAAGUCAGAUCGCCUCAUCCUGUUGGUGACUGCAGUGGUGCCUUCACCCGGUGAUAUAUUUUCAAUAGCCCGACAUUGUUUUUUCAAAUGAAUGGAAUAAGUUAAGUUGGAUGGUUAACUGCCUCGCUGUCAGAUCCUCUGCCAUGGACUUUCUCUUGGUUUUCCCCUUGAUACUUGCCAUCCUUUCCACUGGACAGAGUAACGCUCAAGUGACCAGUUCAUGUUUUACAGAGUGCCCACCUGGAUUUCAUAAAGAUGGAGAUUGUGCAGAUAAACUGAUGAGUUGUAAAAAAUGUGAAAAUGAAACAUUCACAGAAGUAGCAAACUCUCUAACCAGAUGCCAUAGGUGUCGCUCCUGUGGACAUUAUGAGAUGGAAAUAAAGCCCUGUUUACUUGAUAGUGAUGCGGAAUGUGACUGUAAAGAGGGAUACUACAAUACAAGCAAUUACAGCGACAGAAGGGAUUGCAAGCUGUGCCCCCGUAAGCCUCAGUCUGAUAAAGUGAAAUCAAAGAGGUUGAAACGCAGAGGGGCUGUCGAUGAAUCAGAGAUAUGGCAAAGAUGUUUGAAUACCCCUGAAUGCCUGAGGAAAUGUAAUGCAGCUUCGCCUCUGUCUCCUACAAGUCCACAUUCGACCACAACCACCUUAGAAACUCCAUCUGCAACGACAACGACAGCUUCAGCUGCAAGCACUUCAUCUUCAAACAGCACGGGUCCUAUCAUGCAUCCAAUGACAAUUUACUCAGUGCACCACAUGUUCUUGCUCUUUGCAGUGCCUGUGGUGGUAUUUCUGGCACUCUUUUGGAUCCUGCUGCUCUUCACUAGGAACCCAAGCAGAUACCCAGACAGUUGUCCCUGCUGGCGUGUGAACAAAGCUCUGGAGCCGCCCGCCGAGGAGCCCAUGUUCAACGACCAGCGCAGUCAUCAUGUCAGUAGCCCGACCACACAGGUUUUUACUCAGACAUUAAACAUAUCAGAGGAAACUCCCAUGAUGCCUUUCAAUCAGAGUCCAGCCCCAUCAGAAUAUUCAGCCUAUGUCGGCCCCGUGCUGCUGGAUGCUCAGCACAAAGCUGCCGGACAAGAUGAGCAAUCUGAGCACUGGCCAGCCAUUGUCCUCUAUGCCAUUAUCAAGGAGGUGCCUUUGCGUCGGUGGAAGGAGUUCUUGCGUCUGCUCUCAGUGGCUGACCAGCAGCUGGAGCGGGUGGAGCUGGAGACCGGUUUUGGUCUGGGCUCCAUUGAGAGGCAGUACCAGAUGCUGAGGCUGUGGAGCCAGCGCUCCACCUCAAGCCUGAACGAUGUCUUCUCUGCCUUGCGCUACAUGGAUUUAUCUGGCUGUGCUCAGCUGCUGCAGGAGAGCCUGGAGAAGCUGCAGUGGAGACCUGGGGCAAUGCAGGAUACCUGAGGCUACACCUGGGGACACAAAUACCACACUGUCACACAACGGGAAGCAUCGGCGCUUCAGCCUUGGAUGCCAGAAAUUAAAAGUACCCGGAAAGAAUGUCUCUAAAUGUAGCAUCUACGUGGUGUAACCACAGACUGCAAUUGGACCCCAAAUGACUCAUUAUACAGAUGUACAUUACCAUAAAUGUCAUCAUGGAGCACUGCGGAGAUCCUGAUAGGCCCAACUACAAUUGGAAUAUUUCCUCUUUUCUUUUAAUGGGCCAGUAUUGCCAAAUACACUCAGUGCAACUGUAUAAUAUUUCUUCUCUUCAGGUUUUAGUGACUUUUAACUUAAUUUACCUCCAAUGUGACACUUGAAAUGCAGAAUGUACAUCUAGAAAAUACUGAAUUUGUUGCAGUGAAGUCAGCUGUGGAACUGGA